UAGCAAUCCUCAUCAUCUAGAAGCUUUCUUCCAGAACUGACCAUUACGCAGCUUAAAGUGAACCGUGACUGUAUACCCUUGUCUUCUUUUCAUCACCGCAUACGCACGAAGCAUCUCUGACCCAAAAUGUCCAACUCUGAUACUAAGCCUUUUCCUGCUGAAAAGACAUUCAGCUCCUACAAUCAGGAGCAAGGCAAGGCUUAUGCUGAGAUCCGACGCGAUUAUCACCCCAAAGUAUAUCAAACCGUUCUUGACCAGCACCUCUCUACAGACGGCAAGCUACACACUCUUUUGGACGUUGGCUGUGGUCCAGGCAAUGUUGCUCGCUCUCUCGGCGUGAAUUUUGCUCACGUCAUUGGUCUGGAUCCUUCUGAUGGUAUGAUCAAGACUGCUCGCUCCCUAGGUGGCAGCUCGGCCACUUCUGAACCUAUCCGUUAUGAGGUUUCGACCGCCGAAGACCUUGGCCAGCUUCAGGACUCAAGCAUUGACCUGAUUACAAUCGCCAAUGCAGCUCACUGGUUUGACAUGCCUAGAUUCUGGCUCCGAGCAGCAAAAGUACUUAAGCCUGGCGGCAGUGUCGCCAUCUGGUGUAGCGGUGAUAUCCGCACGGAUCCAUCUUUGCCCAAUUCAGAAGCUAUCCAGGCUGCCAUGGACGACUAUCUUCUCCGUUAUUUGCAGCCUUACUAUGAACGUGGUAACUGGAUGACUCGUACCCGGUAUACCGAUCUUCCAAUGCCAUGGAAUAUAACAGAACCAGUCAGCGAGUUUGAUGAACACACCUUUUUCCGUAAGGACUGGGUGCCUGAGGAGGAGCCCUUUUUUGUUGGACUUCCAGAAGCCGAUAUGGAUACGUUUGAGAAAAUGAUGGCAACCCACAGCGCCUAUACGCGAUGGGCUCAAGCGAAUCCGGAUAUUGCUGGGACAGAUAAAGAUGGGAUCAGGAUUCUUCGUAAAGAAAUCGAACGGCUGUUGCAAGAGGCGGGAGUUGAAAAAGGCCGGGAAAAGACAAAAGGGGUUGUCUACGGUGCCGUUUUGGUUGUAAAAAAGAAGGUCUAAUUUGCAACCCCUGCAAUAGAAGUCCAGAGCGAGAUGUAGUUUCUUGUCCCGACGUUUCAUCAAGAGCAUAUAUAGUGUCAGCUUCUAUACUA